AUGUAUAAACUACAAGUCAUCUUAGUGCCACCUAGCGCUAGAGAUAGCCUAGUACCAGGCAAUUUUAGAGUAGGUUCUGUUGACUCCUUUCCGAUGAUGAUGCCUGGUCAAAAUAUGAAUCCAUCGAAUCCUCAACAAACAAUGGAAUCUGGAACUCAAUUCCAGAACGGACCAAUGAACAAUGAAAAUACUAUGAACUUUAAUAGUUCCUUCAUGACACCAUUAUACCAAGCUCCAGUAAAUACAAAAAAGUUUUUACACUUUACAAAACCAAGUAAUUCACUAUUAAUUCUUUCAGAAGAAAUUCAAAAGAAAUGUGAAAAAAUGUAUCCCAAUUUAACUGAAACAAUUGAUAUCUUAAGUAUCCAAGAUAGUACGGGAUGUGAUUUAGAUCCUGAUUUUAUUGUUAAAGAUGUUUUUAAUAUGGAUAAUAUAGUAAAAGUUAUUUUAAGUGAUGAACUUGAAUCUGAUGAAAAUUCAAACACAUCUCUAUACCAAAGCAACAAAAGAAGAAAGCUCAAUGAGAGCAAACUAUUAAAUCCAGUGUCUGCUCCACAACAAGCACAAAAUCAACAAAAUAGCAUAUUAAACGUCGUUAAAAAGCGUUCCGGGCCUUCAACUGUAAAAUCAUCAGUAAAUAAUAAUAAUAACCUAAGAAUUUCGACUCCACUCGCGAAUCAAAUAUACCCUCUGAAUAAUCAAAACAAGGUAUCUAAUAAUUCUGACGAUGAAGAUGAAAUGGCUGAUAGAUCAUUUUUACCACCGCCUAAUCAACCACAAUCACCACCAAUUCGUAUAAGUUCAGGAAUAGACAAUUAUAAAAGGAUACGGAACACUGUUGAAGAUACCGUCUCAAGAUCCGAAACGGUAGACCCAGAUAAAUCUAAACAACAACGAAUGUUUUCUGGUACUCCUGUUAGAACAAUGAUGACACCAAAUAGGGUAACAUUAACUGGUCAAAGAGUUAUGUCUGAAAACCUUGGGAAUGAUGCAUCCUCUAGACAGGGAUUGGUGUUUGCCAGUACAUCAAACAAAUUACCCUUGAAGGCGCUUUCUCCAAUAUUUACACCAAGAAUUGCAUCUGGAUCUUUAACCAUCCCUGAGCCUAAAAUAUCCGAAGUUGAGAAGGAAUUAAGAGAAGGUCCCGCCAGUCCAUCAUCCAUAUUACCACCUAAGGCUUCAAAAAUACCAAUGAAGAAACCUUAUAUUGAAAAAUCACCUACUCCUGAGACUGACUCCUCAACAGAUACCGAUGACGAAUUGAGACAAAGCAAAUCUCCAUCAUUUAUAAAUGAUAAUUCAUCAAGUAAAGAUAGCCCUUUCAAUCAGCAGUCAUCUUCUCAAGCCGAAAUAGCUACUGCGAUAGAACCCAUUAAAGACGUUAAAAAAUACAGAGGUUUAUCUGACUCAAAGACAAGUAGAAUCGAAUCAACUAUAAGAAGAAAAUCUUCCCUGGAAACAAAACUUCUAAAUAAAUCAUUUACAACUUUUACUCAGAAUGGUAAAGAAGAAGAGUUGAGAAGAAUGGACCAUUUUUCCGACGAAGAUGAAGAAGAUGAGGAGAAUCAUCUUGAUAUUCAACCGGAUGCAGUAGAAGAUAUUCCUUUUGAUGACAAACUUAAUGAAAUGCUUGAACCUGUGGAUUCUAACGACGUAACUGAUGACGAAGGUAUUAACGAUACCGUACAACACAUAGAGCUUCCAAAUAAGACUUCAGGAGCUACUGAGACUAGUCCCACCCACCCUUCUAUACAUAAAGCUGAUCUUCUGAAUAUGGUUGGCAAUGCUUCACCCGUAAAUCUUCUACAUGAGAAAAAAAACAUUUUAAGAAAACCAUUUGACGCAAGUACAUUUAAUAACGUCAUCCCACAACCUCCUCAUACCAAAAAGGAUACUUUCAGUAAUCUUACCUCUAAAAAUAGUGCAAUUUCGCAAGAAUCUGAACAAAACAAAAUUGCAAAUGAUGACUCUCUUUUAUUUGAUACAGAAAAUGCAUCACAAAAAAAUACUUUGAAUAAUCAAUCUGCUGGUAAUCAAAAGACCGAUCUGUAUUCAUUAUUUUUGAAGAGACAGGAAAACGAAAGACCACCAGCGUUCCUUGAUAGUAAUAAUAAAUUAGAAAUAACAAAUUAUAAAUUACCGUCUAAGAAAACUACUGGAUCCAUUUCUUCCGCUAAAGGAGAUUCGAACAUUAUUGUUUCGCAAGAUCCUGACACUAAGUCAUCAGUUGGAACAGAAAAAAGUAAUGGAAAGCUUAUCGAAAGUGAAAAGAAUACCACUAAAAGUAUGGUUUCUCCACCCAAUGAAACUGUAGUUACAAAUGCGAAAUCUAAUAUUUCAACCAAAUCACAGUUAAGUAGAAUUCCAUUAAAUAAAGCAUCAGGAAAAUCUCCAAUUGCACAAAAAAUAAUGAAAGUCACAAUUGAAUCAGACACACAGGGACAAAGUGUGAAUGGAAACAAAAGAGCUGCGUCUACCUCUUUGAUUAAUCAAGAAAAGAAACAGAAGAGGCCUGAAAAUGUUCAGAGUAAGGAAGAAAUUCCUAAAAAGCAACAGGCGAGACCAACAGCAACUGUAACCAAGAAAAAUCAAGUGACUUCAAAGACAGUUAUGGAACUAGCUAAUAGCCCUAUCUCUGAGAAGCUAAAUAGAAAAUCGAUCUCCACUGUCACUUCCGGAAAAGAAUCGGACAUCGAAGCACCAGUUAAAAAUGCGGUUGUUGGCACCACAGAUAAUAUAAGGAAGGGAGAUAUUUCAAGUGUCCAAGUCAUACGUGAAAAACUUAAUGCAGGAAAUGUAAGUAAAACAACAAUGCCUAUAGGUAAUAACGAUUCGUCAUCCGAAGAGGACGAGAAUGGAGAUGAGGAAGAGGGAGGAAGGAAUAUCAUUAUCCAAAGCCUUUCCCAAAACAAGACAUUAAACGUUGAAAAAUUUGUUAACAAACGAGCUGAAACAAAAUCCUCUGAACUCCAAAAGGUAUCCAUUUCAAAACCGAAGACUGAUGCCAAAAAGAAGGAUACUGUAAAGGCUGCCACUGUUAAACAGAAGAAAUCCGAACCUAAACAACCGCAACAAAUUAAGCAAGACACAACUAAAGAUUCUACGGUGAAAUUAGGUCCAAUCCUGGCAACACCAUCGGUAGCAAACAAAGUUCCUGACAUGACUGGUUCAAACCCACAUAUCAGUUUGAAGAAUAAGGAUAAAUUACCUACCGCUAUGAACAAGAAGAAAACUGAAAAUGAUGAAAAUACGAGUGGAAAUGAAAGCUCUACUGAGGGAUCAAAUUCUUCAAGUGGCAGUUCUGAUGAAAGUUCCGAAGAAAAUGAUUCUAGUGAUGAUGAAUCAAAUCGUAGUAUUAACCUUGUUAAAAAACACGAAGGUAGUAAAAGAACAAGCAAUGGAAACAAUGGAAAACGGGUAAUUAAAAGUAACAGUACAGAAGGUAAGAAAACACCAGUGACUAGAGGCGGACCUUCUAAAUCAAAAAUUUUCCAAACUCCUGAAUAUCUUGAAUCUGAGUCUGAUUCUGAAAGUGAAACUGACAGUAAACAAAAUGAAAAAGAGAAACCUAUCAAGACUACAGGCACUGUUAAAAGUUCCGGAAGUGUCGUUGUUUCUAAACUUGAGCAGAAAAUGGAAAAGAAAACUGAUACAAUUAGUCCAAAAACCAUAAAUCCCAAUGAAGCAAAUGUUCCAGAAAUGUCAAAGGACACAUCUAAGAACCUAAAAUCAAGUCCGACAGUUAACCGUAAACAAAAAACCGAGAGCAAUUCUUCCUCAUCUUCUGAAGACAACUCUCCAAAUGGUAUUUCUUCUUCCGAAGAAUCUUCUGAUGAAUCCUCAUCUUCUUCAGAUGAAGAUGAUUCUGUUAAUAGUAGAAAAUCGAGAAGAAAGAUUGUUGCUCCACCUAAGGGAAAAGUUAAUUCAAGAGUGCCCUCGCAAAAGAAUUCCAAUGAUACCUUAUUCAAAGAAAGUGAUAUGGUUACUUCUACCCAAAGAGAGCCAGCAGAAAAGGUUAAAAUGUCAGAAAUUUCAAAGAGAAAGACUCCAGUAAAUAAGACAUCUGCAACAAUAGAAGAUUCUAUCGAUGAUGUUGCUGACUUGCCUAAAAAAAUUCGUCCAUCCUUAAUAUCACUUUCUGAUCUUGCAUCCAGAGGUAUCCCUGACGUUAAAGAUAAGAGCAAAUUAAGAAAUGGUAGAACUGAGGCUAACAAAUCAGUUGGCAACAACUCCCAAAUUAAGGGUGGCAAUGGCGUUAGUGACGAAUCAGAGAGCGAAUCUAGUUCUAGUUCUGAUUCUGAUUCUGACUCUGAUAAGAACAGCUCCAAUUCCAAGUCUGAUUCUGAUUCUGAUUCCGAUUCUAGUGAUAGUUCAUCAUCAUCAUCUUCAGAUGAAGAGGCAAGUUUUAUCAAUGCUAAAUCAGCUAGUGCAGCUUUAGGAAAGAGAAAGAAAAAACUAAGUGGUGGAUUUGCAUCCUUAUUGAAACAAUCUAAAAGAAAAUGA